AUGGUGCUUCUGACCUCCUCAACAAUCUCAGUCAUCCUCUCCACUGGUGUGGUCUGCCUAUUUACUCUUCUUCUUUUUCUGUCCGGCUACGUUCUCCAGCAGCAGUCUGUCAGAAGCAUCCAGAGUGCUCUUCGACCUCCCGGGGGUCCAGAUCCGAUCACCGGCCAUGGAUCAGCAGCGUCGUCAUUUCAAAAACGGGAGCAAAUUUUUCUGUCAGAUCUGAUUCCUGAGAAGCAGCAAAAACAUGUCUCGCAUCAUGCGCAGCCUGGAGCAGGAGGCAACUACGCAUAUCUGCAACUCCUGUCCUCCCCCAAUCCAUCCGAUAUCUGCUCCGCAAUCCUCUUCUUCAAACAACUCGCCACAAAUGGCACAGCAAUAAAUGACCGAUUAUUUAUGUAUCCUCGGGAAUGGGAUCUGCUGUCAUCAGACGAGGUCUCGCACUCCGUCACAACAGCUCUUUCUUUGCUCCGAGCCGCAAGCACCAAGGACAACGUCUGGCUUCUCCCCAUCGACAUGACCGCGGCCACGUCCGCAGGCUACAAACCGACAGAUACCAAGCUUCUUCGUCUAGGGCAGAUCCAGUUCAUGCAGUACGACAGUGUGCUAUAUGUCCGAACACCCGGUCUGUUGCUCGACACUGGCAAGCUAGACGAGAUGCUCCUCUCCCGGCCUUUGCCCCUGAAAUAUGACAAGAAUCGUCCCGAGUCCUUCAAUAAUGAAGCGUGGAUCCCCAUGCCUCUUAGGCCGGACCGUGAUGCCGUUCUUCCGCCCGUGUACCUGAUCACGGUCAACAACGUGAAGAACGGACAGAUUGAGGCGCGAGGCCAUAUCCCUAAUGUGGCUCUCCCGGGCUUCGGGGGUCUGGUCACCAGUCCCAGGGGUGUUCACUCACCUGAGGACAAGGGUAAUGAACCCGACGAUGAGCCUGGGUAUGUCUUCUUUGAGCAGGAUGGGGAAGGUCAUGUUCAGUGGGCACAGAAUCCGUUGUUCGGUGCCUGGAGAGCACAGCAACAUGAAGUUUGCGAAGGCGUCGACUUUGAUGAAAUCGCUCAUGAUUAG